UCGACACGGUGCUGGUCGCGGAACCUGUGUCAGUUGUGAUCGCGCCAACGGUUUGCGCUAUUCGAAAGGUUGUUUUGUGGGGGAACCAACAAAAUAUAACAACCUGUUUGUGCCGUAAUUUGCUAGAAUGUGUAGAUUUAUCCUACCUGUACUUACUACGUGAAUGAUUCGUGAUCGUGCGAGCAAACGCCAAAAUCGUCGUGGCGUUCAGGUGCGCAGUUCGUGAUUUCGUGUCAACAGGUGUUUUCCGGCUUGCUUGUUUUGUGGCCGUCAUUUGACCUGCUUCGGAAACAAGUUGUGUGACCCGGGGCGAAAGAAAGUGUCUGGGAAGCAGAAUAGGAGCGCAAAGGAAAUGUCGAAAAAAAAUCGACCACGUGAGUGUUAAAGAAUGAUUUAUCCAGAGGCUACCGGGAAGCUGUGAGAAAGUGCGAUCGUAAAGUGUGUCGUCGGCUCAACUUGAAUACCAUCCAUGUUCAUGUGUGUGUGUGUGGGUCUGUGUAUGUGCGCGUUAAUGAAAGUACUUCGUUUAAUUAAUGACACAUUUUCUGCGCGCACUUCCUUUUCCCGCGUUGCAUAAAAAUUAUAUGCGUUUUGGAGCCUUGGCGGUGGUCAGCGGGUUCGUCUCUGUGAAUGUGGUGUAAAGCCGCGCGGAAUCUCAACGGUAACGACAUAGCCGCCCAGCAGUUCAAAGGAAACAACCGACGUGGAUUAGUCGGAUGCUGCCCAAGUGAUACGGUGAACGUGGAAGUAGAAUGUUAUUCGUGGUGUCAUUGCUAUGCUUGUGCCGCCAAAUGGCAGAAUUUCCUUCUUGAGCUACCACCAGGAAUUGAAUUAAUGUGUGUGGGGCGAGUGCAUGGUCUGGAUAUUGGCACUGUCGAAGUUAGCGCGCGUGGAAACAAAGCAAAUGUGUAGGCUGUGGGGAACCAACUAUGAAUAAAGUGCAAUAAAGUGCCGACCGUUGGUUGCAGUGAUGUGAAUUAUUUACGGAAUGCCGGUGGAUUUGUCUCGAAUUCUUACCACGAAGCUGUGAGGUGAUUCGUUUGCAACAGGAAUACAAAUGAUUGCUGGCAUGAUUUAAAAUCAUCGACCGAGGGAAUAUUUUUGACUUUUUUGCAAAGGUCGAGCCAAAACCUAGAACUGGGAACAGUAUUGUUGAAACACUAAGGAGCCGAAAGCCGAUAGCACGUGAAGUGAGUUCCCUGUUUACGAACGACGCGCGAAUAGUUUCAACUGCACUGGCCAAAGUGUUAUAAAGUGAUAAUUUAUUGGCAUUUAUCGGCGCUCCCACCCACGGCUCACGGCUCCCAUUAAUCAUCCGAACGCGAAAUAAUGGAAUCAAAGUGAGUUCACGUGUUCUCCCGAGUGUGACUUCAAGAUUACCUCUAAUUUUCGGUUCGCUAAAUUAAAUUUAUCGCAAUCGAGCCCAGCCGAGUAGCCCGAGAUUAAUGUGGUAAGUGGUUGCAGGUUGCUUCCUGAAGUUGCUGAAGUGCUGUGUGCUGUGUCUGCUAGUGAUGACUGCAGGAUGACUUCCACUCGUUAACGAGAAGUGAAUAUUGUGAGAUUAGUGUGUUGUGAUAGAAGCGGGGUGAUUUCCCUUGUCAGUGCCGGGUGAAGAGUUGUGUAAUCGUGUCCGCAGCCGCUAACGGGAUGACCAGGUGGAAAUGUUCUCCCGGGUGCUAGUCGGUGAAAUGUAGGAUGAUUGUUCUAUUUCGGGCUUAUCUGGAUUGUGCGGUAGUGAACUGUUUCAUUACGGGGGUAAGGUGCAGAAAGGGUUCUCUCUAGUACCGUGUGGAGUUAAUUGGAUUGCUAACGAGAUCGAUCGGAGGCUUGAGAUAAUACGCUUGCGCUAUUGAACUGAGCAAGAGAUUAACAGAUAGUGCACAGUUGUAGCGUCGGAAGAGUUGAACUGACCGCUUCCUCGGUGAGUGCGAGACACGCUGGCUAUGGCUGUUGAGCACGAGAAUCCAUCAAGCGAAGCGGCUACUCCGGGAGCACAUUAGCUGCGACAACCAGAACAAACGAGGUGACAGUUAAGAACGUCAAACAACAUGACCAAAGAAGAACUACUAGCACCCUUAGCAAUAGACUCCGCCGCAACCGCCCCUACCACCGGCAACACAUCAAUUACAUUAAGCCAUAAAAGGAUCGCUCUGGAUUUGGAGCGACGAGUCAAGCUCGAGGCUCGAGGAGACCGGAGCAGUAGCAUUACUACUAGGGCACCAAGAGAGGUGGCCACGAAGAUGACGAGUCGAAGCUGGUCUCUCGGCCGAUGGACGUCUUCGGCGGCUGGAGGCGAUCUGCUGUUACCUAGACUCUUGCUGCUCGCCAUCAUGCUGAUGGUGACCCACCAGGUCCACGCCGUAGACGGAAAGCUACAACUGUGUGAGGUGGAAACUGGCCAGACAAAUAUUAUCCUCGACAUAGAGGAGAGCCGCGGCGAUUCCAUCGGCCAGCGAACAACUCCUCCUGAACUUCCCAUUUACGGCGAUCCAGAAGAAGAAAUCGCACUUGAUCUCAUAUUCCCCAAGAGUAAACCCACUUUCCUACUAAACGGCAAAUCGCUGCAACUGAUUCAUCCUUUGGAUCGAGACGAGGAAAAUCUCAGCCACAUAGUCUUCCAGAUAACAUGCACAAUCCGAUCGACCCGCCGAAAGCGCAACAUACCGAUCAUUGUGCGAGUUUCGGAUGUCAACGAUAAUCCACCGGUGUUCAUCAACACCCCCUACGAAACUACUGUACCCGAGUCGACACCGGUUGGCACGACUAUCUUUAAAAACAUCCAAGCGCUGGACAAGGACGCCGGUGUCAACGGCCUGGUGGAGUACUUCGUCGUCGAGGGCUCCCAGCAAAACAUAUCGGACAUCUCGCCAAACACGCUGACAGCGGCCGAUGGGUACGGUGUAUUCGCGAUCGCCUAUCCACACCAGGGACAGGUCACCGUCGUCAAAACACUGGAUUAUGAACGCAUUCAACGAUACUAUCUGACAGUCGUCGCAUCGGACCGCGCACGCAACGCAUCGGAGCGACUGUCGGCGACGACCACCCUCACCAUCAACGUGGCCGACUCGGACGAUCAGGAUCCGUCCUUCAUCUAUCGGGGAUGUGUUCUGCUGGAUGGUGCCUGUCUCAACCCGGAAUACACAGCUUCUGUGCCGGCAGGGACGCUACAGGGAGUGCUAACCGUGACGCCCGAGCGCAUCCAGGCUGUCGAUCUGGAUACCAUCAGUGCCCCCAUCCGGUACACGUUUCUCAGUGGAAUCCCUGGGAAUUACGACGAUUACUUCGAAAUCGACUCCCAAACUGGAGUGCUGAAGCAAACCAAGUUGGUUGACGCAUCGGUUACGGCGAAAAAAUUCGAUAUCAUCGUUAAGGCCGAAGAGGUAUCCGAGAUGAAACGUUUUGCUACGGCGAAGCUGACGAUCCACGUGAAACCGGUGGAUGCGUUUCCACCGGCAAUCAGUGUGACGUCUACGGAAGGAUUCGUGGAUGAAAAUUCUCCCAUCGGAACGGUUGUUACUGACUCGAAGGGUAAACCGAUCAAACUAACAACAACCGAUGCAGAUCUAGGAUCGGACGAUCCACAGGCGGAAUACAUUUAUGAGGUUACCACACCUUCGUUUGUGGUAUCCAAAAGUGGGAUCCUCCAGGUGAACGAGGAAGGGCUGGACAGAGAUCCACCGAGUCCCGGAAAGUAUCGCUUCCAGGUUGUGGCGAGGGAAGCGAACGGGAAUGCUGCUAGCGCUCCGAUGAGUGUGACUGUCAAUCUGAAUGAUGUUAACGAUAAUGCGCCAAAGCUAGCCAUGGUUGCACCGGUCAGUUUAACUGCGGGAGAUGGCCGCAGGCUGGUAACUAAGGUGACAGCAACGGACAACGAUGCCGGCGACAAUGCAAUUAUAUCGUAUUCGAUUUUCCACGUAUCGAAUAACGGUGCGAACAAAUUUGCCAUCGAUGCCAAGUCGGGAGAGAUCGAAACCAGAGCUCGACUAAACGCUGGCGAGCAGUACAGUAUAACGGUUCAAGCUUCCGACAUCGGAGGACUUUCUUCACAAGCCAUCGUGGAAAUAUCGGUGACGCCUGGACCAAACACGAAACCGCCGCGGUUCGUUAAGCCAGUUUACGACGUGCAGGUUAGUGAGGGAGCUGAAAUUAAUUCCACCGUUAUUGUGGUUAAAGCAGAAGACCCGGAAAAUGAUCCCGUUAAGUAUGCGAUAACUACAGGAAACGACUUGAGGCAGUUUGCAAUCGGCAAGGAAAGUGGGGUGAUCAGUGUUAUCCGAAAGUUGGACAGAGAGGAUCUGACGAGGUAUCAACUGAUAGUCAGGGCUGAGGAUAGUGGAGGUUUAGCCAGCAGUGCAACCGUCAACAUCAAGGUUACCGAUAUCAACGACAAAAACCCAGAGUUCGAUGAAAGUAUGUUGCCGUACGUAUUUUCGGUUGAUGAAGGAAAAGAAAAUGUGGUUGUCGGUGUGGUUCAUGCGACCGAUGCUGAUGAGGGAAUGAAUGCGGAGAUAACAUACACCAUCCCCUCGGAUAUUCCAUUCAAAAUUAACUCCAGAUCGGGCGAGAUUAGAACUAAAUCACAACUUGAUUACGAAACGCAGAUGGAAUAUAAAUUUGUUGUCACCGCUCAGGAUGGUGCCCCAGAACCGAGGCUCGGAACAGCGAGCGUAACGAUCAAAGUUCGAGAUGUGCCGGACGAAGUUCCAAGGUUCAUGGACCCUAUGGUCGAGGUGAAGAUUCCAGAGAAUGUCCCCGAUAUGGUCGUCAUAACGGUGCGAGCUUUCGAUCCCGAUACGAAGCCGGAGAUCACCUACGCCCUGAAACGCGGGCCAGGAGAUCUUUUCAAGGUGGACGCGAAAACCGGAACGGUUAAAACCAUUCGGGGGCUAGAUUAUGAGAAGGAUAAAGUUCAUGAACUGAUUAUUGGAACGCUGGAGAACAACGGAACGAGUCCUGGUGAUUACAUCAAGAUUCUGAUCGAGGUAGAGGAUCGCAACGAUAUUCCUCCGGUGUUUGUAUCAAUCCCAGAGCCUAUUAAUAUCAACGACGACUUACCAAUCGGAACCAUUGUGGGAUCGAUGCCUGCCGUAGAUGGCGAUGGUUCGUCACCUGGAAAUGUGGUCCGCUAUGAAAUGGUCGGCCGGGGCAAGGCCCUCAAGUACUUCCAGGUCGAUCCAGAUUCGGGCAUCGUUCGCAUCCGUGAUGAAUUGAGUAAAGAGGACAUCACGGAGUACUUGGUAGACGUUCGAGCUUACGAUAUGGGUGAACCCCAGCUGAGCUCGGUUGCCACUCUACCGAUCUACGUUAGCCAUAUUCCAGCCAACCCGAACGGUGAUUCUGCGGAAUCGAGAGUGGAUGCCGGGGGGAUUGUGAACUUGGAGCUACAGGGUUUGGCGUUUAGUGAUGACAGCUAUACCACAAGUGUACCAGAAUCUACCGGGCUGAAUGCAACUAUCAAACUGAUACAGAUCAUUAACUCGAAGAAAGCAACGAAGAAUAAUGGAGGAUUCAGAUGUGAGAUUAUUAAAGGGAAUGAUUUUAACUUAUUCCGCAUUACUAUUGAGGACCACGCUUGUGGGUUGGUUUUGAAUGGCCCGUUGGAUUACGAAAAGACCACCACUCAUAGUUUGGAGGUUCGCUUGGUAUCGAAUAAAUAUUUCGUAAAUCAGCAUAAAAACUUUGCUCAAGUGAAAGUUAUAGUUCAGGACGACAACGACAAUGCUCCGAAAUUUCAGUUCCCGAACGCUUUCCAGCAGGGAACUAGGAACGAUACGUAUUAUGCGGUUAUUAAUGCAGACGCUGAUAUCGACAUGCCACUCAUUACGGUGAAAGCGAUCGACAAGGAUACAGGUCCAUACGGACAGAUAAAAUAUCACAUAUACGAUGUGAAAGUAAACGAGAUACCGAACGACGACUCGCCGAGUUCGUUCUUCACAAUUGGUGAAGACAAUGGAAUGUUGAAGGUUCAAAAGAGUUUACAGGAUGUGAAACAGACACCACUUGUGUUCAUUGUCGAAGCUAGAGAUAAUAACGGUGAUCCACUGGCUGGCAUAGUACACAAGGCAAAGGCCCGGGUAGUGGUGAAUCUCAUAUCGGACAUUAACAGAAUGGCACUGGUGUUCUCCGAUUCCACACCCAAAGAUGUGAGGCGGCAUGUGAGAGCUCUGGAGGAAUUGCUGCAUGAUAAAUCCACUGGAUUGAUCACGGGCAUCGAGAGAUUCAGUACUAGGAAGAUUUUGAAUGAAAAUGGAACGAUCGAAGAGGUUAAUGGAGCGACUGAUGUGUGGUUCUAUGCAGUUGAUCCUAAAUCGGAGAAAAUUUUAGAACGGAACUCUACAUCAGUAUUGAACACAAUUCUAGCUCCGAAAAUUCUCUCGCAAAUCAACUUCGAGGCUUCCAGCAUUGCUCGGGCCACUGCGCAAGGCAUUUUUGGACCGGUGGAACCGAAGCAACAAAUUCAGAAGGUAAAGGCAGCGGUCGUCGUAAAUGAUGAGGUAUUCCCCUACGCUCUCAUAGCGGUAGCGGUCGUUAUACUAAUUCUCGGAUCCGUUGGUAUCGUUUACAUCUGCAUAUCUUGGUCCAAGUACAAAAAUUUUAAGCAGAGAAUGCGCCAGUACACAGCUCCCGCUAGUCCAGUCCGCUAUGAUCCCGUGAUCAUCAACUCUCAAGCACCAGCUACAGAGAACCAAACUAGCCUGAAGGAAUAUGAAACUCAAGUGCUCGCUAUGGCCGUUCCUUUGGACGAGGGUGAUGAUUUGCAGCUGGAUUUCAGUGCUAAAAAUCACGCUUUUAGUUUAGAUAAUGUAAGCUACAUAACGCACAAGGAAAACGGUCAACACAGUCCCACGAACUCCGACGCAACAACAGCGGUUGUAGGAACACUCCAGCGCAACAACAACAACACAAAGAAUAAUAACAAUCUAAAUAUUAACAACCGACAGAAUACUCUGAAUCGAACGUUAGAAAUGAACCGAAACAAUUACCUCAAUCCGCUGGGUUCGGUGAACAACGGUACACUGCCAGGAACACUAACCCUCGGGAGGAUAAAAUCCGAACGAAACAAUUACAUCAACGGCUACGGUGAUACUCUUAACCGAAACAAUUUGUCGAUGACCCAAAGCAAUACCUUCAACACGCUAGGUAGAAACCAACGGAACAACAACGCCAACAGUAACCAUAUCAACAACAUCAAUCAUCAUCCCACCCACAAUGGAAACCAUCACCACCACCACAAUGGAACAGAAGUUGUUGCCAACACGCUGGGAAGAAACAAUCGCUAUCCGGAUGUACCAAUCAGUAACCCCCUCUUCCAUGUUCGUCAAAACGGCGACCUGCAAUCUCAACCUCAGCUCAAUCACGCCAGUCCAACCAACGAUAACGUAACGUUUGGCAAGCGUGACUACAACCACCUGUCCUUUUCGUAUCUCAAUGAUCUGGAUCGAUCGGACGCUGAAACGACCACCGAGCUGUAGGAAUAUAUACCAAUCGCAAGAACGAGACAAGGGAAACCAGAACCAACUGCCGACAGUUGUAUGACGAUUCUCCAAAACCAUAACGUUAGGCGUCAACUAAAAUUUUAGUAACAAGUGAUGAACCAAUAUAUUUAAAAGCCAUCCGUUGGAACAGACUUAGAUCAUCUUCCCUAUUUUUAGCUGUUAGAUUUUAGCCGUUGUUUUUAUGUGUUAUUACACCGUAAGUCUAUCCCCAGCUAGUUGCAAUAUAGUUUCCCAUCUAUUCCCCACAACUAUUUUUAAUUUUUUCUUUUAUGUGUAAUUAUGUGGCAUUUUUGUUUCUUACGAAUAUAUUCUACUAACCAAUUCUCAUCGUUGAAAUUCGCUUGAUUCAACUCGUACAAACUAAGAUAUUUAUAUCCAACCUACUGAGAACGCGAGUCGGACACAGAGAAUGUGCUGCUGUAUAAAACGAUUGAAUGAGUCCAGAGGAAAGGAUAGACUCCUGGAGUGUAACAUAAGAUGGUCGGAAUAUUUCUUCAUUGUAAAUAUUGAGUCAUUUGAUAGUUAAGUGUAGGGUGAAAAUAAUAAAAGAAAAUCCAUUUUUUAAACUAAAAGCUAUGGAACGUCGCACAACUCUUCCGACACAAGGAAAAAUGCGAUCAUUCCAGGAACUGAAGCUGUAAGAAUUAGAGAAAUUUCUAGUGUUUAUAAAUUUUACAACAUACCGCAACACUGCCGCUGACAUCGGUAACAGCGAAAUUUUAGAAGCAAGGGAGAAGAAGAUAUUUUAAAAAUUUUAUACAACUUUUGUAAAAAUAAUCAUAACUAUACCUAAAUAAAAUCCGUCAAAAUGAGA